CAUUCCGGUCCUGCGCACAAGAUGCGCAUGGACCUCUGUGGGCCGUAUUACAUCACGUUUUUGUUUUUCCCACGUUCAGAAGAAACUCGCUGUAGUUCUGUUGGGUCUGAUCGCUUUCUCUGCAGCUACCUUUCAUUCACGCUGAAGUUGCUCAUAACAGCCAUGACUAAGGUUGCAGUGGUAACCGGCAGUAACAAGGGCAUAGGUCUGGCGAUUGUUCGUGCUCUGUGCAAGCAGUAUGAGGGCGAGGUCUACCUCACAGCCAGAGACACGGGCCGGGGUGAAGAAGCGGUGAAGACUUUGAACGCUGAAGGACUAAAGCCGAAGUUUCAGCAGCUGGACAUCAAUGAUCUGAACAGCAUCACCAGGGCAGCAGCCUUCUUCAAAGACAAGUAUGGAGGGGUGGAUGUUCUGAUCAACAAUGCUGCCAUUGCUUUCAAAGUGGCAGAUACCACUCCCUUCGCUGUCCAGGCCGAGGUAACUCUUCAGACUAACUUCUUUGCAACCAGAGACAUGUUAAUCCACUUCAUGCCGCUCAUCAAACCAGGAGGUAGAGUGGUGAAUGUCUCCAGCUUUGUUGGCGUUAACACCUUGAAGAAGUGCAGUGAAGCACUCCAGGCACGAUUCCGUAGUGAGGACAUCACAGAGGAUGAGCUGGUGGGGCUAAUGAAGAGGUUUGUGGAGAAAACUAAAACUGGCCAGCAUAAAGAGGAUGGCUGGCCUGAGACGGCGUAUGGAGUGUCCAAGACCGGACUGACGACAUUAUCCAUGAUUUUGGCACGUCGGCUAUCCAAGGAGAGGCCACAUGAUAAUAUCUUGCUGAAUGCAUGCUGUCCAGGCUGGGUGCGCACGGACAUGGCAGGUGACAAAGCUCCAAAGAGUCCAGAUGAGGGCGCCAUCACCCCCGUCUACCUGGCACUGUUACCCCCUGGAGCCAAAGAGCCCCAUGGGUGCUUUGUGUCUGAGAAGGAGGUCCAUCCUUGGUGAAGUCAUUUCAGUCAGCACUAUAAAUAUUACCACUAUUUUCCGCAGAGAAGCUUUAUAAUGUGCCUUUAAACAUUUAACAAAUCAUACUGUAAAAAGGCAGUUAAAAUAUAUUUUUUAUGACUUUUAUAAGCAUUCAUUUUAAAAAGCAUUUUAUUUAAAAACUUUUGUAUAUCAAUAAAAGCCUUUUCCAUGA